AGUUCUUGGGUGGUGAUAUGGGCCAUAAUAUGGAUACCACUAUAAUUAAAAUUGCCUACGCUACUAAUGGGUGGAAGCUGAAUAGUGCUUCCCAUACUUAUCAAGUAAACCUACAGUCGCCUUAGGCCAGAACAUAAAAAAAAGAGAGAAAAUAAAAUUGGGCCAUUACUUCAACUACAAAGUAAACAAUGAUCAAAGUGCCAUAUUAUAUACCAACAAGUAACCCAAUCAUAAACUGCAAAGGGUUAACUUAAAACAUAAUAAUAACAUCAAUAUUUAAUAAUGCAGUGUAAAAAUUUUGGGUAUAAUUCUACAACAUCGUUCAGUAUCAUGUUUGUGAUCAAAAAGGUCCUCCAUGCAAUCCAGAUUAAAGUAGUGUCCAAUAUCAAUACAAACGGAACAAACCUCCACCACAUGCCUUUCAGUCUGCACAGCUCCACACACACAGAGCCGCUCCUCUAUGGGCAAACAUCCUCGCCUCACCUGUUCCACCGCCCGCUCUCUAUCGCCAGGCUAUGCCCAGACACACCAAAACGAGUUAUUCACAUUCUAAUGCGGUCAUUGAUGGUGAGGCGGUCUCUAUACACACUGGAGCGCUAAGGUGGGGUUAUAUGGUGCGGUACACAGGGUAUCGCGACCCAGUAGAAGCAGCGACAUGCCCAGCAUAAGUUGCUGCAUACAAGGUACAACUGUGUUAAUAUAGCCCCUUAUUGUUGUACUCGCGGCGGUGUUACCUCUAUACCAAACAUCAGUGGGUCAUCAAGGAGCCCAUUACUUUCUGACAUGUUCUUCUUAAAUAAGUCAGGAAGAGAAGGAAAACCCGCCACGUAUAGCACCCUUCGUUCUGAGUUGGCUUCCUAACACCUAACAGUUACAUAAUGCCCCAAUUAUAUAACCUAAUGAUGUGUUCCAAGUCAGCUCCUAACCACGACUCAUAGCCAUAUAGAGGCGUGGACAUAAGUGCCGCGUCAAACACCCUCCGCUUCACCACGAACGGCACAUUGUUCAUUGUUUCGUUUGACAAACGCCAAACAUUUUGUAACCUUCACGACUCAUUUUCAUUUUGGUGUUCACCUUAAGGGCGGAGGACGCGGAGAAGUGAAUACUUUAGUUGUCACGGAGCGAUACUUUGUGAACACUGCGCCAGCCACCACUACAGUAACAUGUUACUCUAUCAUAAUGUGCAAUACAUGUAAAUGUAUGCCUGUCCCUGCAAUGUCAUCACCAGGGUUUCCCUUUUCUCUCCGGCAGGACAGCGCGCCCUCCGACCAGCUGUACGAGGAGCUGCUAUCAACAAUUAGUCGCGGGGACCACGUGCAGGAGGUGUCCCGCCUCCUGUGGGGCUCCCCCCUAGAGCCCAGGUGUGGCCGCUCCGCCCUCAGAUUGGCUAUCACCAACGAUCGUGCACGCACCGUCAGCCUGCUGCUGGCAAGCGGCGCCUCACUCUCUGCCAGCCUGCUGCAGGAGGCCUGGUACAGCACCAACGUGACCCCCCCGGUGCUGGCCUCUCUCACCAGUGCCUACUGCUGCCGGCUGCGUGCGGAGCAGCGUCGUCUGGUACAGGUGAGCGGUGUCCUUGUGGAAGGCAUCAGCAAUCUGCUGGAAGACAUUGAGGGGGAUACUCCAUGGCGGACUACAAGGCGAGGGGGCAAUGACACUGACCGAGCGGCUCUCAGCGACCUGCUGGCAAAGGCUGCAGCCGCCAAUUGCCCACUGACUGCAUCAUUCCUACACAGUGCAGGAGCGUGGCCUUUUUUUUGCUCAGGCUCAGGUGUCAGUGCCCUGCACGCCGCGCUGGACGCCGGCCACCAGGACAUGGCCGAAUUGCUAGUCAGGGACCUCGGGGCCUGCCCCUACGUGACGGACUCCGGCGGUCGCCUUCCCGUCCACAUCAUGACCUACAAAGAGCAGCAGCAGCUGGAGCAGAGGCUCUUCGAUGAGGAGCGGGAGAAGCUGAGGGAUCUUGAGCUUCGCCAGAAAGCAGAUCGCGAGAAAGCGGCGGUUCGGACAGCGCUGGACGUACAGAGAGCUCUUUUCAAUCUUUACAAGAAAGGCGAUGUUGAGACUGUGUCUGCAGAUGAUGGCCGCGCCUGUCUGCUGCUGGCUGUGCGCAAAGGUCUGCUACAGCUGACAUAUCUGGUGCUGCGGGAGGGUCGCCACCCACUGGACGAUGUGCUGGACAAAGCAUGCGGCACCAACGCCCUUCAUGAGGCGGCCUCGCACGGCGAGGUCGGCUGUGUGGCGUUGUUGGUGAGCGCCGGCGCCAAACUUCAACAGCGCGACACCUAUGGUCAGACGCCCGGACACCUGGCCGCCAUGUUUGGCCACACAAGCACAUUUGACUUGCUGGCCCGAGAAGCUGUGCAGGACCCUCCUUGUCGCGCGGGCACAACUUCUAAGGAAGUGAUGCGAGGAUUUGAGGCGUAUCUGCAGCUUUAUGAAAAAUAUAACGGUGAGCCUCUGACACCAUCUGAACGUCGUAAUCCAGACAGCGUCACGAGGAAACUUAUGAAGCAGAUAGAGGUUGGGAAGCUGCAGCAGGAAGCUCAACGAGUGGCUGUUGACUUGUCACGAGGCGAGGCACUUCAAAUACAUGAGGUAGUGAUGGCGGAACUGAAAGCCAUCAUGGAUAAGGUGUCAGCCGCGUAUCCCACCUACCACGGCGACCUGAGGCUGGCGGGCAGCUCUCGGGACGGCUCCAAGUUGUGCCCCGACGAGUUUGACGUUAAUAUUGUUGUUCACGAGGACGGCGUGGGAGUAAAUGUUAGUGAGAGAAGGGAGGAAGAAGCCCUGCUGAAGGGCAGGUUAGAGAUAUCUGUAGAGACCAACAACCCACACCUUCAGGGAAAUAAUUUCAUGACCAGUCUGUACGAGGAGGUGCACCGCUGCCUCACUGGCCACACCCUGCUGGAUAAAAGAUUGAGCCUGGUGCCGCCGGGCCUGAUCAGCACGCAGGUUGGCGUGGCGCUCGCCUUGGCCUGGCAGGGAAAAGAAUACCCUCUGCUGCUGGUCGGCGUGGACCUGGUGCCGGUGCUGGAGGUGCCGUGGCCGGAACAAAUCCCCAGACCCUUCCUCACUCCCGCGGACACCACCACCAUACAGCUCAGUAAUGCCGCGGACGCCACAUGGCGCUGCAGCUUUGCCAUGGCAGAGGCAAAGGUGCUGGAGACGUUGAGCCCCGUAGAGCGCCAGGUACAGCUGAUGGGAAAGGUAAUUCUGUCUCUCCUCAAGGCCGAGCCCUGGAUGCCACGUCACAAGAAGAGCUUCUGCACCUGGUUUGACACACGGGAGUGGAAAAUCCCUGUGCCGAGCGGGUUCUGCUUCAAGAACGCAUUCCUGCGGUGGCUGGAGCAUAAGAGGUGUGAGGAAAAGGACCUUGGCAGGCAGCUGAGGACGGGAGGCAAGGAGGAUCUAGCGAGGCAUCGGGGAGAGGGAGGCAAAGAGAAUCCCACCAGGGAGCUUGAGGCGGAGCGGGAAGAAGACCAAGCCAGUUGGGUGGUGGAGGUGUUCAGACUGAUGUGUGCAAACCCAGAGGAAUCACGAGAGCACCUGGCAACUCUGAACAGCCCCGCCUACUUUGGAGGGGACUGUGAGGGCCGCAAACCUGGAGACGGCGCGCCCAUCGUUGUGCAGUGUCUGGAGGAGAACUUAGAAAAUUUGUGGUCAGGCUUGGCUGACCAGCAAGAUCUGAGCCAAGACAGCCAGGAAGCGAUGAGGAACAUAAUGUUGGGGCUAGACCUCUGGAUACUGAUGAUGCAGCUCCACGGUGACGAUCAGCAGUAAUUCAUACCACCCUCUGUAAACUACUUACCCCCCUUCCCUCAACACAAAAGCACACAGGUAGAUAGAUGAUAGAUAGAUUGUUUAUAAGCAGUGCAAUGAUUGCAUAUUACUUGUUACUUAUUUUCCUAUUACCUAAUUACAUUUAUGAAUGACACGUUGUCAAUCAUUCCAGUGGCACGUGCAGUCCAACAUGAUGAUAACACUAACAUUUUAUUGAUUAUCGUGCACACCUAACCUGCUGCAAACAUUUGUAUUUGAUAUCAUGUUGCUACGUGUUGACAAGUAAACAGACAGAAUAUCAAGUAUUUCUUGACAUGUUUCACCCAUUGACAGCUUAUCAGAAAACACCUGUUCCAUUGUCACAAGCCCGUGAUUGUCUCCAAUGUGUUGAGUCACUGGGUAGUCCUGGAGGACAUGUCUCUCUGUCUCUCUGUUUGAAUAAAUAACCUUUUAUUCACAUAACAUUUAAUUUAUAGUAGAUAAGUGACCACGAC